CCGAAAUCAUGCUACGAUAUCCUGGAACAAAAUAGCACAUUGCAAGGAAAAGAUGGCGUCUAUGAGAUUUUGAUUAAUUCUGACAUCACUUCUGUCUUUUGUGACAUGACUACAGAUGGAGGCGGAUGGACGGCUAUACAGAAAAGAAUAGAUGGUUCAACUGAUUUCUAUCGAACUUGGAAAGAAUAUAGAAAUGGUUUUGGUGAUCCAAAGAACAACUACUGGAUUGGGAAUGAUGCAAUCCAUGCUUUAACCAAGGAUCAGGACCAGGAACUGCGAAUAGAUCUCCAGAGAUUUAAUGGGAACACAGCGUAUGCUGAAUAUUCAACGUUUUAUAUCGGAAACGAGGCUGAUAAAUAUCCACUCACAGUAUCCGGGUACACAGGAACUGCAAGUGACAGUUUCACUUACCACAAUGGUAAUAAAUUUAGUACAAAGGAUCAGGAUAAUGACCGGGACAGUCGUCACUGUGCUGUACAAUUUCACGGAGGAUGGUGGUACUACGACUGUCACCGCUCAAAUCUUAACGGACAGUACGCUCUGUAUGCUCUGUUUGAUUGGAAAUACCCGACAUGGAAGCACUGGAAGUAUAAUGAAGCGUUAAAAAAGACUCAGAUGAUGAUCAGACACAGAAACUGAGGCAGAUUGUCAUCAGCUAUAACAUUAUUCCUAUUAAGUCUUUAUAUUACCUACAAAAAUGAGUAAAUGUAUCAACAGCAUGCCUUUAUUACAUAU